AUGGACCUGCCCAGCUACAGCGUCACCACAGCCUCAGCACCUAAAAUCAACCUAAACUCUAUCAGUUUGAAGCACCUACAUGAAAUUGACACUAAGGUCGGCUUACAACCAUUGCUGACCCUAGACCAGAACCCAAAUUAUAUACUAUAUCACACCACCAUCCCUCUCUACGUGGUACUGAUAAGUAUAGGCGCAAUAGCCGCCGCUCUGUUAUAUCGCAAGUAUUUCUACAAGCGCAUAUUACAUUCCGGAGAUAACCCUGAAGACAACCAGAUGGAAUUGCAAGCAGUCUACACCAUCCCCACACCUACCAGAAGGGUCGACCUCAAUCAACCCCCAGCUCAAUUCACAACUAAAGUUCCUCAUAUUCGCUGA